AUGCGCUUCGACACAGUCUUGUCUCUAGUCUUCCUCGCCGUGACUGCCCAGGCCGGUGUCUCCCAGCAAGCAGAGCCCUACGCUCUGGCCGAGCGGGCCGACAGCGACGAGCUCGCGGCUUUGCUGGACAAGAAGGAGGAGCUAGGCUUGGAGAAGCGAGCUUGCUCUUAUAAUGGGUGCAAGUGUAACAGCCGCGGCAGGCAGCUGACGGUCUGCGGCAACUGUGUAUGGUCCGACAACGGCGCCUACGUCGUGACCACCAACAGGGUCAGCGACCACAUAUUUGACUGUUCGCCGGACGGCAACUGCUGCUCUUACGGCUAUGCCAACAACUGCGGUGGCUCCGGUGCUCGGUGCAGAGUCAACUGA